AUGUUUCAGGCUUUCCCCGGAGACUACGACUCCGGCUCCCGGUGCAGCUCCUCGCCCUCCGCCGAGUCUCAGUACCUGUCUUCCGUGGACUCCUUUGGCAGUCCACCCGCCGCCACCGCCUCCCAGGAGUGCGCCGGGCUUGGGGAAAUGCCCAGUUCCUUCGUGCCCACGGUCACCGCGAUCACAACCAGCCAGGACCUUCAGUGGCUCGUGCAACCCACCCUCAUCUCUUCCAUGGCUCAGUCCCAGGGGCAGCCACUGGGCUCCCAGCCCCCGGCCGUCGACCCCUAUGACAUGCCUGGAACCAGCUACUCCACCCCAGGCAUAAGUGGCUACAGCAGUGGCGGAGCCGGUGGCAGCGGUGGGCCCUCCACCAGCGGAACCACCAGUGGACCUGGGCCCGCCCGCCCAUCCCGAGCCCGGCCCAGGAGACCCCGGGAGGAGACGCUUACCCCGGAGGAGGAGGAGAAGCGAAGGGUUCGCCGGGAAAGAAACAAGCUGGCAGCAGCUAAAUGCAGGAACCGUCGGAGGGAGCUGACUGAUCGACUGCAGGCGGAGACAGACCAGCUGGAGGAGGAGAAGGCCGAGCUGGAGUCGGAGAUCGCCGAGCUGCAAAAGGAGAAGGAGCGCCUGGAGUUUGUGCUGGUGGCCCACAAGCCGGGCUGCAAGAUCCCCUACGAAGAGGGGCCGGGCCCCGGGCCGCUGGCGGAGGUGAGAGACGGGCCGGGGCCGGCGCCCGCUAAGGAAGACGGUUUCGGCUGGCUGCUGCCGCCCCCGCCACCACCGCCCCUGCCCUUCCAGACCGGCCAGGACGCAGCCCCCACCCUGACAGCUUCUCUCUUUGCACACAGUGAAGUCCAAGUCCUCGGCGACCCCUUCCCCGUUGUUAGCCCUUCGUACACUUCUUCGUUUGUCCUCACCUGCCCGGAGGUCUCCGCGUUCGCCGGCGCCCAUCGCCCCAGCGGCAGCGACCAGCCUUCCGACCCCCUCACCUCGCCCUCCCUUCUCGCUCUGUGA